AGCCGCAGUCGCUUUUGCACGCUGUUCGCUCGUGAAGUACGAUGAUCGUACUUCAGCUAGCAUUUCCGUAUUUUUCCACCAUUAUGUUACCAUUAUAGUUGUUUUCCGUUGUGUCCGACAUCUCGUAAUUAAACCACAGUGAAAAUUUUAGUCAUAUUUUACAACUUAAGUACUUAUGGUCUGUGAUAUUUUGCAAGCAAAUUUGCAUUCAGGGAACCGAUUUAAGGUAAGAUAAUUUAGUACCAUGUUUAUGGAAAAAAAGAAACUCGUGCCACCGGAUGGAGGAUGGGGGUGGAUUGUGGUUAUUGGGGCUAGCGCGGUUAAUCUCUGUACAAGAUCAAUAGAACAAUCAUUUGGACUUCUUUUCGGCGAUCUAUUGAGAGAUUUAGGAGUGGGAACGACCGGAGCUGCAGUAAUAAUGAGUACUCUAGACGCGCUGAUUAACUUCUCUGGACUCUUCGUUGGGCCCUUGAUCCGAGCCUUAUCGUACCGCAAAGUUUCCGUUGCCGGUUCCAUUCUGGUUGCUAGCGGAUUGAUGUUAACCAGCUCUGCGAAUAGUAUGGCCCAUAUUAUUAUCACCUACAGUAUUAUUAAUGGUCUCGGAGUAGGCCUGACUGCCUCAGCUACAUUUGUGGCCCUAAACAACUAUUUCGUGAAACGCCGAGGGCAAGCCAUCGGGUUCUCUCUAGCUGGAACUGCCUUUGGGAUGAUGCUGAUGCCUCAGGCUGUUACUCUUCUUCUGGACAACUACGGCUUCCGAGCUGCAAUAUUAAUUUUGGGGGCAUUUGCGGCUAAUUCCCUGGUUGGCUCUGUUUUACUUCAGCCCGCUAAGUGGCACUACAUUCCCGAAGAGAAGAGUUUGGAGGAAGGCGAGUAUAAGCAGCGAAUACAUUUCUUCUUUGCAUCCAGUGAGGAAAUGGAAACCAUCAAAGAGGACGGAGAAGACGACGAAGCAGAACAAGAUGAGAUCAACAAUCUAAUUUCCAACAAUCUAAUGGUGAGGACGUUUGAAGAACUGAAAGCAGGAGGCCUGACCAGGAAGGCCACCUUCCCUAGGAACUUCUCGACGAUGAGCUUUGCAGGAAAUCGAGCUCGAAGAAGAACCUCAAAAGAGUCCAUCAUGAGCAGCUAUUCCAGGCUGGAUUUUACUGGAUCCAGCAUACAAUUGGCCAUUGAUACUCCAGACACUCAAGAAUCAACAAUAUCCAGCGAACAACCAUCGCGGCUUCGACGAAAUAUGAGCUACCCGGGAGUGCCAUUUUCGCCGCAACCGAAAAUUGUCAAGGAACCACAAAAGGAACCCGUGAAAGAGCAGGAAAAACAGAAAACGUCCUGGCAGAAAGUCGUCGAAUUUAUGGACUUCGAUCUGCUCAAGGACCCCAUUUAUCUGAAUUUGGUUUUUGGCCUAUCGGUUUUCUACGUGGCGGAGCAGAAUUUCAAGAUGGUGAUGCCAUUUUUCUUCAAGAGCAUCAACUAUGAGAAACACGACGUUGCUUUAUUUCUAUCGGUGCAAGCCUUUACUGAUAUUUUGGCUCGCUUGAUUUUGCCACCGAUUUGCGACCGUCUGGAUAUUUCGAAGCGCACCCUGUUUAUGAGCGGGAUUUUCUUCUUGGGAAUUUGCCGAUCAAUCUUGGCCCAGCAAACCGAUUACGUCUGGAUUCUGUUCUGGUUGGUUAUAGCUGGGUUUGUACGAGGAGCGGCUCUAAUAAAUUUCGCGAUUACCAUCUCGGAGUACGCAACUUUAGAGAAAUUGCCCGCAGCGUUUGGACUUCACAAUGUUGGCAAAGGACUGUUUGUUGUCACCUUAGGACCUGUAUUAGGAAAAAUUCGAGACAGUACCAACAGCUACCCCAUCUGUCUGCACUCUCAAACAUUCUUAAUCAUGCUCUGUGUGGUGGCUUGGAGCAUUGAGUACUGCAUUUUGUACUGUCGAACCAGAACAGGGGAAUCAGAAAAAUCGGAUACUGAUACCACCAACACAUGACAAACGGAUAUCGACUAAAAUACGCCAGUCGAUACGAUAUCGAUCCAAUCGAUUUGAUGGGAUCGAUGUCGCUAUCGACUGAGCAUAAUAGUCGAUAUGGAAUUCAUUGACUAAUGUGUUUUUUAAGGCUAUACAUUUCCGUCGAAAGCAAUUUUUUUAAAUUAUUUUGAUUUUUCAUUCUUUGUACAUUUUUUAAGGUAUUUUAAACGGCGGGCAAAAUUGUGUAGCCUGUAAACUUAAAUAGUUCAUCAAAUAUAAGCUGGCGAUUCUGCUUUGAAAAACUAUAAUAAAUUGUAUUAUUUUUUUUUAACUGAGAAUCGGCAGCUUAUACCGAUUAACAAAGAGCAAUUUGAUUUACAAUAAUAUUGCGUUUUUAUUAAAGUUUUCAAGGAUUUACUACAUUAAUUGAGCACUUCUCCUUUUAUAUGUUUCACAGGAGAAGCCCUAUGAUUAUUUUUUUUGCCUUUAUUACGUAUCACUGAAAGCUUUUGCAUGCAGGUUGUUACAUCAGAUGAUUUGGAUUAAUACAUGAUUUUAAAGAAUUUUUCUAGCGUAAGUUUAACCAAGGUCGAGAUGGUACUUAAGCUCAAGAACGGAUUAAAAAACGUCAUUGGUGGCAAUUCUCGCCCUUGAGGCUCGAUUCGUAACUAAGCAUGAUUUAUAAAUACGGGCCUUACUAUUUAUUUAAGUUGCUUUCACAAAUCAGUUUAUGAUAACUAAUCAAAUAGACGCUCUAGGCGUCCCAAAUAUUGGAAAUUAAGGGCGCAAUCCUUACUGGUCCUAAUACUUUAAUAUGGUUAGAUCAUCUCUAUUUUCACGAUAUUCUGUACCUAUUAUUUCGUGUUCCAAAGUUUCGCUAGUUAUAUAAAUUUUCACAUACCUACAUCAAAAUAUAGUUUAAUUUAUAGUAUGUGUUAUAGAAGAUGUUUAGAAAUAAAUGGUUUUAAAUUAAAUUCGCAGGUAAUACGUUAAUGUGGAUGAGAAACUAUUGUCUAAAGGUGAAGUACAGUUAGUAAGGAAACGAUGCUUCAUUUCGGCUGCAGCGAUUUUUGCCGAAUUCUCCCUAACUAAACUAGAAUAAAACAUCGUCCAGCAAUUAUUAUGUGUAACUAGUGGCAAAUUUGAUGUUUUCAGAAAGAAACAGAUUAAAAUGGAGUAUAAAAUAAGUCAAAACUUGUUUUUCGAUCUACCAAAUUUUGACAUAUUUUAUGUAAGUCGCGCGUGAUAUAACGGUUCAAAUACUAAAGACUGAAUCCGAGAAACAGUAUUUCUCUAAAUGAAAAUAUAUCCUACUUAUAAGAAAUCAUUUUAACAUGUUUUUAAAUAAUUGCCUACGAUUUACUGUAAAUUCAAUUAUGAAAAUAUCCCGAUAAUCCUGAUUUUUUGUAAAUACUGAUUAUAUUUUCCAAUCUUGAAAUUUUUGGUUUUUAUAUGAAUGGAUUGAUGCUAAAAUUUAAGACGCAUUGGAAAAUGUAUUAUAUGAGUCGAAGAUGAUGUUUCGACUUAUGUUUUUUGUACACAAUUGUUCACUAAGCUCUAAUAGACAUUGUGAACUUCACCUUCGACCAAUAUCUGCAUGAAUAUUUGUGAAUUGAAUGUAAUUAACAUUAUAAUAAAGAAUUUUAUAUGUAA